AUGUGUUUUGUGGACUUGGAGAAGGCAUUUGACCGUGUCCCUUGGGGUGUCGUGUGGGAGGUGCUGCGGGAGUAUGGGGUGUCUGGCCCAUUGCUACAGGUCAUUCGAUCCCUGUACAAUCAUUGCAAGAGCUUGCUCGCAUUGGAACGGUUGGCAGCCAAGUGUGAAGCAGUGGGAAUGAGGAUCGGCACUUCCAAAUCUGAGGUCAUGGUUCUCAGAAGGAAAAGGGUGGAGUGCCUACUUCGUGUCAGGGACGAGUUUCUGCCCCAAGUGGAGGAGUUUAAGUAUCUCAGGGUCUUGUUUUUCAUGGUCAGUAUUAAACCUCUGACUGCUCUCUUUGUCCCUGAGCUGCUCUCUGAUGCUGUGUUUCGCAUCGUCCCAAAAAGACUGCAGUUCUUUGAACUGGAGUCUGUCUUCUUUCACUGUGAGGGUCUUGAUGGAGCUUCUCAGUUAAAAGGGAUCAGAAAUACUGAGGCCUUCAUUUCAGUGUGUGAUAAGAGCUCACCAACACUACUGUGUGCGAUUCAUCGAGUCUAUGCAACAGACAGCGGUGAAUACUGGUGUGAGACUGGAGCAGGAGAGAAAAGCAUCAGUGUCAACAUCACCAUAACUCGUGGUUCUGUCGUCCUAGAGAGUCCUGUUGUCCCCGUCGAGGAGGGAAACAAUGUGACUCUGCGCUGCAGGAACAAGACAAAGACUUCUAACCUCACUGCUGAUUUCUAUAAAGAUGGCUUCCUCAUCGGGAACAGCUACACAGGAGAGAUGAGCAUCCACAAAGUUUCCAGGUCUGAUGAAGGACUCUACAAGUGUAAGAUCUCUGAUACUGGAGAAUCACCAGAGAGCUUGUUGACUGUCACAGCAUUUCACAGAGAGACCUACUCAUCUUGUUCUGCCGUCCACGUGUUCCUAAUGUUGAGGACUGUUUUCACUAUUGUGAUGGUGUUUCUGCUGCUGUUGCUACUGGGAUUACUUCACUUUGGAAGACUCAGUGUCACACGGAAAUAAAUGGUAUUUGUGUAUAAGGAUGACUAAUGGAGAAUUUUCUGGAAGUUUUAACAUUUAAAGAAUGAAACUACAGAAAACUGAUCGAUAAUAGAUAGAUAUUAGAUGCACUAUGAAGGGCAACUCCACAUAUCGUGUAAAAACUUCAACUUCAGUUGUCUUUACUUUGUCUUCUUUUUUUCUCCUGCAGUAUUCAGUUUACUUGGUUGGUUGCAGUUAAACUUUCUCAGGCACAGAAGAGUUUAAAACCACAGGCCUGCUGAGCAUUUUUCAAGACAUUUCUCAGACUUUCUCAGCUUACUCAUCGUGUGGCGUUUUUAGACGCUACAGAUGCUCAUGAGUACUUUUAGCUUCUUAGAUACAAACAUUUUCUUGUGCAGUUUGUAUGUUUAUUCACAGUAAAAUGUGAUUAUUUCAUUGUCAACGUUUGGUUAAAAUUCUACAAAAACUUGAUUCUCAUGUGUAAAACUGUCAAUUUAGCUUCUUUUUUCUGAAUUCCUCUGCAAUGACU